AUGGCGGGCCACGUUGUUGGUCAAGUUAUCAGCCUGCCUGACCGUCGACGCGCCAUAAUUCGCUUUAUCGGAGCAACGCAUUUCGCCCCUGGAGAGUGGAUUGGAAUUGAGCUGGAAGAGCCGACAGGGAAGAACGAUGGAGCUGUUCAGGGAGAACGCUACUUUGACUGCGAGCAGAACUAUGGCAUGUUCAUUCGUCCCACUGCUGUUACUGCGGUUCUCGAGCAGCCGAGAAAAGAGGAUGCGAAACCACCGCCAAAACAUUUGUCGCAGGAUAUCAGGGGCAGGGCCCCCAGCACUACGCCAGGAAGUAAGACUGGAACCAGGAGGCAAAGCGUGCUAUCUACGACUGCGGUGAAACGGCAGGGCUCAAAUACUAGCAGUCCAUCACCGGUUUCUAAACUCGCAGCGCAAGGUCGUUCACUGCGGUCACCUACGAAAUCCCCGACAAAACAAUUGUCGGAAAAGUCCGCUCUUCUAUCUCGAACGACCCCCUCUAUCUCAAAGCCACCUCUGUCAACCCCGAAAAACAGACCAGGUUUACCGAAUCGAGCAUCAAUGCCGCCCCCAGCUACCACUACACCUGCCGCCAAGGCACCUCGACAAUCACCAUUGGCCACUCCUAACAGGUUGUCUAAGCCAGGACUUCAACCACGCUCGAGUGCCAUCUCCCCGGCGAAGCGGAUGUCCCUGAGACAAACAGCAGCAAAAUCAGCGAGUCCACAGAGUACGGGAAGCCCGUCAAGCGAAACGAACGAGGGUUCUGUGAGGAUAGACUCUUCGUUUCUCGAUUCAAGCCAUGACGCUUCUCAAUCCCCAGGCGCUUCCCGUUUGUCACUUUCUCCUGCGGCACAUCGUCGGUCCCUUUCCAACAGUAGUUCAGUUGCUAAGGAGCUUGAGGAUUUGAAAGCUAAGCUACGCGUUAUGGAGAAGAAGCGCGCAGAAGAUCGAGAGAAAAUGCAACUGCUUGAGACGAUACAGGCCGAGAAGGAGAAAUACGAAGGAAUUAUUCAGAAACUACAAGCUAAGUACCAGCCUCAGCAGCAGGAAAUCGCACAUCUCCGCAGACAGCUAAAAGAGGCUGAGUCAAGGGUCGAAGAAAUUGAGAGGCUCCAGGCUGAACAUGAGUCGAUUCUAGAGAUGGCGGCCUUAGACCGAGAGAUGGCCGAAGAAGUCGCGGAAGCCAUUAAGGCUGAAUAUGAGGCCCUUAAGAUGAGGACUGAAGAGUUAGAGCUGGAAGUGGAGGUUCUGAGAGAGGAGAAUCAAGAAUUAGGCCAAGUGACAAGCCCGGAAGAAAGGUCGAGUCAAGGAUGGUUACAGAUGGAAAGGACCAACGAGAGGUUACGUGAGGCUCUGAUACGGCUCCGUGAUAUGACUCAGCAGCAAGAGGCAGACCUGAAAAGUCAGAUAAAGGAGCUGGAAGAGGAUCUAGAGGGCUACGCUGCCCUCAAGGCCAGAUAUGAGAGCACAAAAGAGCAGUUGACGGUAACAGAGGCUAACAUGGAAGAGCUGAAGCAGCAAGUAGAGGCUUUGGGCGCCGAAGAAAUGAUUGAAGAACUCUCCGAAAAGAACAUGCAAUACCAAGAGCAAAUCAGCGAGUUGAAGGCUGCGAUAGAGGACCUGGAGAAUCUGAAGGAGCUAAGCGAUGAGCUUGAAAUCACUCACGUGGAAACUGAGAAGCAGCUACAGGAUGAACUUGACUAUCGGGACAGCAUUUAUCACGAGCAAAACCGAAAAAUCGCCCAUCAAGACGAGGUCAUCGAAGAUCUAGAAUAUACCUUGUCAAAGUUCAGAGAACUAGUGACCAAUCUCCAAAGCGACCUAGAAGAUAUGCGCGUUUCUCAACAAAUCUCGGAGACGGAAGCGAACGACCUAUCAGCCCGGUCUAGAGCCAUGAUUGACUUGAAUCUCAAGCUUCAGGCUUCCGCGGCCAAAGCACAAGUAAAGACUAUUGACUUGGAAUUGGGUCGAAUGGAAGCCGAAGAAUCUGCACAACAUUUAGCUAUCAUGAAGGAAUACUUGCCGGAAUACUUUGACACCGAAAAGAACCCAAUUCUAGCCCUUCUCCGCUUCAAAAGGGUCGGGUUCAAGUCUUCAUUAAUGGGCAAUACUGUGCGCGAAAGAGUAGCGGAACUUUCCUCGCCUGUCGCGUUGGAACCCGAUAGUCUCACAGCAUAUGAUCUCCUCGAGAAACUCACAUGGAUAUCGCUACUGUGUGAGAGAUUUGUAAAAUUUGUCCAUGGCUGCUCAAGUGAAGAAUUUGCGAAAUUUGAAGGCGCCCUUUAUGAGCUCGAUCCUGUUGAGCGGAUUUUGAACGCUUCGAUUGAGAAUUUAAAAAGGAGCGAGUUGAAUGAAAGGAAAUGCGCAGAAGAGCUCCAGCGGUCCAUCGCGCUCCUUUCGCAUCUUGCGGAGACCCUCAUUCCUCCGUCUACCGCAGCUUCCGCUGAUGAGGUUUAUAUGCAAUGCGUUUUGACACAAACUUAUAUGGAAAACACGGCUUCCUCGCUAUCUCACUUGAAGCUGGUACUCCAGACCAGAUUGCCUGAAAAAGAGGACGACGAGGAAGGAUCAUUUUUGCUUCAAAAAAUAGAUGCACUAGCCGGACAGGCAAGAGGCUCUAAGGUCAUUAGUGGGAAAAUCACUCGCUCUUUUGACGAAUUAAGAUCAAGUUCGUUGUCCUUGUCAGAAUUCUCUGCGGAAGUUUUUGAGAGGACGGAACAAGCUGCGAAGGAGAUAUCGGAAGUUGCAAGACAGCUAGGAGAAAAUCUACUUCCACUUAUUACUGAGGAGGGUCGUGCGGAGCCCAUCACGUAUGCUGAGAUUGUCGGUUCGAUGGCACAGACUGUUGCGUCUGUGUGCCAACCAUCCGCGCCCCAAUUUGACACCAGUGACGCACUUUCUUUCCUUGCAAACAAGAUUCGUAUGCUAGGGGGAUACCUUGAUGAAGCCAGCUCCGUCUCAUCCGAUCUUUCUCAGACUAUUGAAUUUGAGCGCCUGCCUGCUCCAUGGAUAUCCCGCGCCAAAGAACUUAAAUCCAAUCAAACCGUGUCACCGGAUACCGAGGAGGAGCUCCGUCGUCUUAGGAGUGAGCUCAAUGAAGCAUCCACGGCGUUGGGCCUCAAGGAUAAAGUGUUUGAGGAGCAAACUAUCAAGAUCGAGCUUUUGGAAUCUCGAAUGCGUGAAGCUGGGAAGAAAGCGGCAUUGGUGAAAGAAAUGGAGUCCAAAUUGGAAGCGUCUCACUCGAAGGAAGUGGAGUUACUGGACAUUAUGGAUAGGCAAUCGGGAGAUAUCCAAAACAUUGCAAAGGAACGGGACGAUUACCGGAACAAAUGGGAGAAAUUGAAGAGAGCGUCUGGCUCGGAUGGGAGUUCGGUCGGCCCAGACGGAACAAUACCCGUGAACGCUGCAGCAUCUCUAUCCGUCAUUCGAGAGAAUGAUGCACUUCGCGCGGAGGUUGCCAGUCUCCAAGCUGCAGUGCGGUUCCUGCGUGAUGAUAACCGCAGAGCACAUCUCCUAGAUCCAUACUCUGUGCAGCGAGCGAACCAUAUACAGUCUUGGCUCGAUACACCCUUGGUGUGCCCCAAAGUUACUCCUCAUUCCGGAUCGAGUGAGCGUUUGGCAACGUCAGAGAGUCAAGAUGUGUUGAGCUACCUCGUCAAAUUGACGAAAGAAUCUAAGCUCGUCGAUAUAAAAUCUAGUCUUCCGGCAGACAGUUCUAAUCGUUUGGCGUGGAGACCCAUUAAAUCUACGGUGCGAUACCAUGCGAUAAAGCAACGAGAACAGUAUGAGCAGUGGAGUCAAUGGAAGGAUGAAAUUGUACAUCAAGAACGGGCUCGAGGACGGAAAGAACGGAAAAAAUCAAUUUUCUGUUUGGAAAAACACAGGGUUAAUCAAUCCUCUGUCGUGGAUAGCGGUAACAGCUUCUUGUCCUCGAGGAAUACGGGUGCCAUGGACCCCGCAUGGGAAAUGCUUGGAAUGCAGAAAGACGAAGUUCCCCAGCAUGUGCCGGUUUAUGGCUCGUCAGAGGGCGUUGCAAUUGUUGAUUCAUAGAUACCCAUCGAGUUACCGAGAUUUGUAUUUGUCACUUUGAAGCGAUAUACCCAUGCGUAAUUAUCUCCCUGGUUUGGCUUGCUGAGGUUUAUGGGAGCCCGUUUUAGACUACCCUGGACCUUUUCUCACAUGUUUGUUGGCAAUGCACUCUGGGUUGAUUCGUCAGCUAUCUUGAUAGAUAACUCUUUCUGCCUUUAAUACUGGCUGAAAAUUCCGGAUCUAUAGCUCCCUAUCUUGUGUUACUAGCGUUAUGUACGGGGCUCCUAGUGCUAUUCGAAU